AUGGCGGCCAACCACUGCUUGAUGGUUGAAGCCCUGCACGCUUGCCCUACAGGCUACAGGGAGCAGAUGCCUCCACAGGUAGCGGUGGGGCCUAUUGACAGCACGGACAGCAGCGAGGACGGCGGUCAGUGGGGCACAGACGAGGACAGCCUUGUCGGUGCCCAGCCCAGUGCAGCCAAGUCCAUCUGCGCACUCUCCACUCAGCCCGCUCCAGCCCCAGCAUGCCAGCCUCAAUUCAUUCAGGGGUCCCUUUUCCCUUUUUCCUCCCUCGCUCCCUUUUCUACUCCUUCCCCUCCCCUGCAUCAGCCAAACACAGCCUUUCGCGCGCCGUCGUCUCCUUUCCCUCAGCUUCAUCCUUUUUUCUUGCUCUUCUCCCCAUCUGUAUCCCUAAUUACCUUCAUUUUCUUUCCUCUUGCUCUUAUUUUGCCCAACAACACUGCUUCCGCCCUUUUUCGGGAUAUAUUCAUACUCGCCCAUCAUCGUUCUACCCGUCACACAGCGAUCGAUCGAGGACAAGGGACGACAAGAGUCCAAAAAAAAAAGGUUGGGCCACAGAUCACCCACCUAUCGCGCACAGGGCCAUCUACGGCGCAUCGCCACACGCGCUCCCUUACAACGCCAUCCGCGAGCCUUCUUUGCUCCAUUCAUAGCAUCUAUACACUUGGCUUGCCCAUCAUGCCUCGUCCAUCUGGCGACUCGCCGCUUCCCACGGCCGAAAAGCCGGCCGCCCCAACAGCGGCCUCCGGCCUCCACCCCUCGCUCUUCAUCCUAAACUGGAUCCUCUUCUCCAAUGCUACCAUCCUCUUCAACAAAUGGCUCCUCGACACAGCCGGCUUCCCCAUUAUUUUAACAUGCUGGCAUCUUAUCUUUGCUACCGCCGCCACCCAGAUCCUCGCCCGCACUACGAACCUCCUUGAGAGUCGCAAGUCCCUCCCCAUCAACGGCCGCAUGUACCUCCGCACCAUUGUCCCCAUUGGUGUCCUCUACACCGGCUCCCUCGUCUUCUCCAAUCUCGUCUACCUCUAUCUCUCCGUCGCCUUUACCCAGAUGCUCAAGGCCGGCUCCCCCGUUGCCGUCCUCUUCACCUCAUGGGCUUUUCGCGUCGCCGAGCCCAACCUCGCCAAGUUUCUCAACAUUCUCGUCAUCGUCGUCGGCGUCGCCGUGGCCAGCUUUGGCGAGAUAAACUUUUCCUUGAUCGGCUUCACCUAUCAGAUGCUCGGCAUCGUCUUUGAGGCGGUCCGCCUCAUCAUGAUUCAAGUCAUGCUCACAGCCGAGGGCAUGAAGAUGGACCCUCUUGUCGCCCUCUACUACUACGCUCCCGUCUGCGCCUUCUUCAACAUCUUUGUCGCCCUCUUCACCGAAGCCAGCACAUUCAAGUAUGAGGAUCUUGUCAACACCGGCUUCACCGUGCUCUUCCUCAACGCCAGUGUCGCCUUUAUGCUCAACAUUGCUAGCGUCUUUCUCAUUGGCAAAACGUCUGGUCUCGUCCUCACCCUCACCGGUAUCCUCAAGGCAAUCUUGCUUGUCGCCGUCUCCGUCGUCAUCUGGAAGACGCCCAUUACCUUGCUCCAAGCCUUUGGCUACGGCAUAGCCCUCCUCGGUCUCUCCUACUACUCCCUCGGCUAUGACAAUGUCGUCAAGGUGUACAACAACUCCACCGCUUACAUCUCGGCCACCAUGAACUCGUAUGGCGCUGUUCCUGGUUCUGCCGACGGUGUCCGCGGUGGCCUGCUCACCAAGCGCUACAUUGUCCUCGGCAGUGCCGUCUUUGGCUUCCUUUUUGUCAUGGCCGUCCUCUUUAUGCGUUUGAGCCAUGGCUGUACUUUUAUCGCCCGUUUGGGCACUUCUGGAUGUGGAAACAAGCGAUUUAUUGAGACUAGAAACGGUUUCCUUUUUAUGUAUGGCAUGGCGAUCAUUUUGCUUGCUUAUUGGCUGCAGGCGAGAUUGCCGUUAAGGUUGCACAAGACAUCGUCUGUAUCAAUCAGCCGAGACCCGGAGGGCAAUGUUUAUCGACAUACUCAAGUUGAUCUGCGUCAGCUUCUCGUGGCCGCUGCCAUCCCCGCACGUCGCGUGGAAAAAGUUUCGCGGCAGCUAUGCGCGAACCUGUCGAAUCGAGGUCAGCUUCUUCUCCCCGAAACAACUAUACAGCCAACGACAACAAACAUACCCGCUCCCGCCCGUCAGCUGCCCAAAGGUGUUGGACAGGCAGUCGUUGAUGAGCACCGCCGGGUUGUAGUGACGCUCGCCGGCCCGGUCGAGGCAGUAGGUCGCAAACACGGACAUGUCGGCGUCGGGCCGGCCCGACGUGCCGUUCUGCGCGUACGCCCGUCCGCACGUCCCGGCGAAGCCGGAGCAGCCGCCGCGCCGGACCAUCGCCGCGGUACCGGCCGAGGCGAAAAGAAGCACGGCAUCGAGAAGCAUGGGUCGUCUUGGAAGCUGCAGAUGGCGGCUUGGCUAGAGUUGCAUCGCAUUAGUUCGGCGCACAUUACCCCGGUGCAGUGCCGUGCCGCGCUUGCAUACGGGGUCAAGUAUGAUGAUGCCCAAGACGGGCCUAAACUUGACUUGGCAUGUGUAUUAGCGGCUGGUUUGCUUGGUGGUGAUCUGUAUGGUCUCGGCAAGGUCGCCGGUCAGACUUGUACAAAGAGGCCGAGAAUGCACUAUAUCGAGCAAGUUGAGUUGCUUGCUGCAAUAUAA